CCGCUAAGACGAAGAAGAAGAAGCCGGAAGAAGGCGCUUGCGUGACCGUGAGGUGUUUUGUCAUGUUUUGAAGGAGAAGAAAGGCGCUGAUAUAAAAUGAUGAAUUUACCUGCUUUGGUGCAGAGUCUCAGGUUUUCUCUGCUGCGCAUUGAAAGCAGACUUCUGCAGUUAACCGGACUGGAAACUCAGGCGGCUCCUUGUUUGGCAGUGAACGGCCCCGGCCUUCUGCCCCAGAUUGACCAGGAAUCCCAGCAGGAUGAGGAGCAGGGCCCCGGGCUCAUGGACAGCAUCCUGUGGAUGGCGGCCCCCAAGAAGAGACGCACCAUAGAGGUCAACAGAACCAGAAGGAGAUCUGAAAGCAAACUAAUCAAAGUUCAGAACAACAUUGAGCCAUGUCCAGAGUGCGGCCACUUGAAGCAGAAACACAUCCUGUGUGGCUUCUGUUACGCCAAGGUUAGCAGGGAGACCGCUCUGAUUCGUCAUCAGAUGAGGGAAAUGGAAGGCGGCCCCCUGAGGGCCCCGGCCAUGGAGACGGUCGUCCUGUAUGAGGGGGAAACGCCGAGCGAGCAGGACAGAGAGAAGAGGAUAGUGGAGCGGCCGAGGAAAAGACCUGCCUGGUUCAGCUACUGAUGGGGAGCGGGUUUGGUUCUGCUGAGGUCAACGACAUGUCGGCGUGUUUUUGUUUUUCCAGGACCAUGUUUGUUGUCUCUUAGACAUCAUUUUUGUGAUUAAACCAGCCCCAUAGAAGAAUAUCAGAAGAAUGAACAAAAACAGUGGACCUUUUCUGUUCUCCUUUGUUCUUGGAUUUUAGGUGAUGAUCCUCUUCUCCUUUCACAAUAAAACUCACUAAAUCA